AAUACGUGGAUUUUUUUGACAGCUCCCUUCUCUAACCCGGCGUUUGGUUUGCUUAUAAAGUUUCUGCAUAUAAAAUUACAAAAGUUUUAUUACAAUGACAGCCAGUGUAACUAGCGUAAUAGCGAAAUUCUAUGAGGAAUAUGCCAAAACGACACCCUCAAAACUAAAGCUGAUCGAUGCGUACCUUUUCUACAUCCUACUCACGGGGAUCGUACAAUUUCUCUACUGUUGCCUGGUUGGAACAUUUCCUUUUAAUUCCUUCCUCAGUGGAUUUAUAUCUUGCGUGGGAUCGUUUGUCCUCGCCGCAUGCUUGAGACUUCAAGUCAAUCCAGAAAACAAAGGCCAAUUUGAAAAAAUCAGCCCGGAGCGUGCUUUUGCUGAUUUCAUUUUUGCACACAUGGUUCUUCACCUGACUGUAAUGAACUUCAUCGGUUGAGUCAAUGCAUACAACAAACUGCAACAUGUGGUCCUAAAACAUUCUUGUUAUUGAAAAUACAUUCAUACAUUCACUGAGGUAA